AAAAAAAUUAGAUCAAGAGAGAGGAGAGGGAGCAAGAACUGCAUGAGCCACGCCAGGCACAACUCUCUCUCUUGUCUUUUUCGCUUUCCUUUUCCCGUUGAGGGGGUCCACUUCGGAGCGCCACGAGAAUAAGAGAAAAAAGGAAAUCAAGGACAAAGGUGAAAGCUUUGAUGUCCUCUGGAGAAGAGGAGGAGGGAAUGGAGGAGACGAAGAAAGGAGUUGCUGGGCUCCUUCUCCUGAUGGUUUUUCUCCAUGGGUUUUGCCCUGUUUCUGCUGCUUCUCCAGCAAAGAUGGUGAGUGGGGUUAUGUCCAAUGCGGCGUCUGUUCUCUUGAAGCGGCUGUGGUCGCUUAAGUCCACCCCAAAAACAGCGAUUGCUGGCCGUCCGACGAUGAAGUUUGAGAGUGGCUACACCGUUGAGACGGUGUUCGACGGGAGCAAGCUUGGGAUCGAGCCCUACUCUGUGGAGGUGACCCAGGGUGGGGAGCUUCUGGUUUUGGAUUCUGUGAACAGUAACAUCUACAAGAUUUCGUUGCCACUGUCGAGAUACAGCAGACCAAAACUCAUUGCUGGUUCACCGGAAGGGUAUGCUGGUCAUGUUGAUGGGAAGCCACGUGAAGCUAAGAUGAACCAUCCAAUGGGAUUUACAGUGGAUGAUAGAGGGAAUAUAUAUGUUGCAGACACCAUGAACAUGGUAAUCAGGAAAAUUAGUGAUACAGGUGUUACAACCAUUGCCGGGGGGAAGUGGAAUAGAGGAGGGCAUAUUGAUGGGCCAAGUGAAGAUGCAAAAUUUUCUACUGAUUUUGAAGUGGUUUACGUUGGUAGUAGCUGCUCUCUUCUGGUCAUAGACAGGGGAAACCAGGCAAUUCGGGAGAUACAGCUCAAUUUUGAUGACUGUGCCUACCAAUAUGAAACUGGCUUUCCUUUAGGAAUUGCAGUCCUUCUUGCUGCUGGUUUCUUUGGUUACAUGCUUGCGUUGCUUCAACGUCAAGUAGGAGCUAUUGUCUCUUCCAAAGAUGAACCUCAAAUGCCGAUGAAGAAAGCAAUGAUGCCUCCAUACCAGAAGCCGUUUAGACCAUCAGUCAGACCACCACUUAUCCCACCUGAGGAUGAGUCAGACAAGCAAGAAGAUGUGGAAGAAGGCCUCUUCACCUCAGUUGGAAAGUUCCUUUCUGGAGCCAAGUCAUCUAUAACAUUGAUCUUUGGGGCAAUGUUCUCAAGUUUCAGAAGAAAAAAACCAGCCAACCAAUAUCAAGAGCAGCAGCAGCAGCAGCAACGAAGGCCAAACAGUUGGCCGGUGCAGGAGAGCUUUGUGAUCCGAGAUGAAGAUGGGCCGCCUCCUCCAGUGGAGACAAGGACACCCACCCCCCGUAAAACCUAUGCUUUCAUGUCAAAAGAACCAGAAAAGAUCCACCAUCUCCGGCAGGGAAGAGCUUAUUUUAGUGGCUGGGAUGGGGAGCUCCAAAAGCAGCAGCAGAUGCAGCAGCAGCAGCACCUUCAACAGCACAGGCAAUACUCUUUGGGCCCGCAAACUUACUAUGAGCAGAGCUGUGAAACAACCAAUGAAAUUGUGUUUGGAGCUGUCCAGGAGUCAGAUAGCAAGCGCAGGACGGUCGAGAUUAAGGCUCUGAAUUAUGGGGAUUCUAUCUAUGAUCAGUUUGGCAUGCGCAGCUGGAAUAAUUACAUGCGUUACAGAAAUAACUAUUAGAUGACCUGAGACUUUUCUUCUUGCAGGUUGAAUUUUCUCUACCUGUGGUGUCAGUUGGCCUUGCCUGCUAUAUUUCAUUUCUAUAAAAGUGCAUAGGUCAAGAUUUGUGAAAUGAAUGAUCAAAUGGAAGUUUGGAAGAGCUUUAUGCUGAGGUUGUCAAGGGAACUUAAGUCCUAAAUAUAUCUUGUUUAUAUUUGUUGUUCAACACUCCGCCCUUUCUAAUCAUAUUAGUUGUACUUUGGGUUCCGUCUGUAUGAUUUACUCAAACUGUUGACGAUUGUCAUUAUCUAUGCAAUCUUCGUUAUUAAAUUUUGAUA